AUGACUCCUUGGUACCGACGGGAACACUGUUCCAUCUACUUGGUACAUCACAAAAGGAAGCUACCGGAGAAUGGUGUUCUCUAUUCAAAGUUGACUCAAAAAAGGAAACAAGUGGAAGACGAAAGAUCAAAUGGUACGAUCAGCAAGUUCCUAGGAGGCGUAAACCACACCUUAAGAAAACUCAUAUUUCGUGUCAUUUCUUCACGCCCGAUUCCAGAACACAUCGCCUUCAUCCUCGACGGAAACCGAAGGUUUGCCAAGAAAUGGAAGCUCACGGAGGGUGCUGGUCACAAAGCCGGAUUUUUCGCACUCAUGGCAGUCCUAAAAUACUGCUACGAGAUAGGAGUUAAGUAUGUCACCAUCUAUGCAUUCAGCCUCGACAAUUUCAAUCGACGCCCUGAUGAAGUCCAAUACGUAAUGGACUUGAUGCAAGAAAAGAUCGAAGGGUUUCUAAAUGAACUUACUCUUAUAAACCAAUAUGGCGUUAGAGUCUUGUUUAUUGGCGAUCUCGAUAGGUUAUAUGAACCCGUAAGGAUUGCUGCUGAGAAGGCCAUGGAAGCCACCGCUAAAAACUCACGUACAUAUCUCCUAGUAUGUGUUGCAUACACUUCUUCCCAUGAAAUCCCACGAGCCAUCCACGAAGCUUGUCAAGAAAAAAGUGAGGCUAAUAGCAUACGUAUAAUGAAUGGAAACAUGAAUACCGACAUAAAUCAUGGAGGUCAAUCGGUGAUCAAAGUGGUGGAUCUUGAGAAGCAUAUGUACAUGGGAGUGGCUCCGGAUCCUGAUAUUCUAGUGAGGAGCUCCGGAGAGACAAGGUUAAGCAACUUUCUGUUGUGGCAAACCACCAACUGUUUCUUGUAUUCCCCCAAAGCUUUAUGGCCAGAGAUGGGGUUCUGGCAGGUGGUUUGGGGGAUCUUGGAGUUCCAGAAAAACUAUCAGUACUAUGAGAAGAAGAAGAAACAGGCUUAAGGAUGUAUCUUUAAGUAAAAAUAUUUUCCUUUGAGUCGGUUUGCAGUGUGUCGUCAGAAUUAAUGGGAUUUUUCUUCUCAAUAUGAACUUUCAACUUUGGGUCGAUAAUAAUAUGUCUGAAUGCAAUGUUAUACAUACGUAAAUGCUUGUCUCAUCAAGUAAAUCAACUUGAUAUGUUUAUUUGGAAUAAGGGCAUCACAAAUCAUAAAUGGAUUGGGACAUCAUGA